CGUGGCCAUGGCCGAGGGCAGCCAGCUGAUGCACAGGCUCCUGAGCGAGAACGCGGACCUGAAGAAGCAGGUGCGCCUCCUGAAGGAGAACCAGAUGCUCAAGCGUCUUCUCAGCGAGAGCUGCCCCGACCGCUGCGGCCUCGGGGGCCGGGACCUCCUCUUCACCAAGGGGCCCACCUACCCCGAGGACGGCUCCCCCGGGAGUGCAGUUGCAGACUUUGGAAGGUUCACCAGUGCCCCCGACGCACCCUCCCAGCUGCAGACGUCCUCCCUGGAGGACCUGCUGUGCUCACACGCCCCCAUCUCCAGUGAGGACGACGCUUCCCCCGGCUGCGCGACCUCCGGCCAGGUGCCCUUCAAGGCGUUCCUCAGUUCCCCCGAGCUGCGUGCGCCUCAAGGCACUGACAGGAAACUGUCCCCACUCCUGAGCCCCUUGCAGGACCCGCUGGCGGACAAGACCCUGCUGGAGCCCAGGGAGAUGGUCCGGCCCAAGAAAGUGUGCUUCUCGGAGAGCAGCCUGCCCUCUGGGGACAGGACCAGGAGGAGCUACUAUCUUAACGAGAUCCAGAGCUUCUCCAGCGCUGAGAAGGACGGGCGCAUAGUCGGGGAGAUCGCCUUCCAGCUGGACCGGCGCAUCUUGGCCUACGUCUUCCCAGGGGUGACCCGGCUGUACGGUUUCACCGUGUCCAACAUCCCUGAGAAGAUCAAGCAGACGUCCAUCAAGUCCCUGGACGGGUCGGUGGAUGAGAAGAAGCUGCGCGAGCUGACGCACCGCUACCUGAUGCUCACGGCGCGCCUGGAGAGGCUGGGCUACAACCGCGACGUGCACCCGGUGUUCAGCGAGUUCCUCAUCAACACCUACGGCAUCCUCAAGCAGCGGCCCGACCUGCGCGCCAACCCGCUGCACAGCAGCCCGGCCGCGCUGCGCAAGCUGGUCAUCGAUGUGGUGCCCCCUAAGUUCCUGGGCGACUCGCUGCUGCUGCUGACCUGCCUGUGUGAGCUCUCCAAGGAGGACCACAAGCCGCUCUUCGCCUGGUGAGCCCGCCCCGGCGCCCGCCACGCCUUUCCUGCAAUAAACGUGUUUGUUCCAAACCCGGGGGCCGCGUGC